AUGGCCACCAGACGCCGCUUUCGCUCUUCCUCUAUCAUUUACGACAUGGACGUCGAGAGAUACUCUACCAGCAUCCAUCACUCCUAUCCCGUGUCUCCCCGUCUCCGAUCACCCUCCUCCUUGGUCGCCAUGUCCGACGAGGCCGAGAUGGCCAGACAGUUCUGGGAUGGUCUCGAAGAAGGCCCGAUUGAAACUAGCAAACCCGUCCCAUCGGACGAGAAAUCGACUAUCAAAAAGUUCUGGGACGAAUAUGUGGCGGUGGAAAUGGAGUUUGGGUAUGGUGUCCGAGACCAUCUCACGAACGAGGAGACAUUCAUCACUUGGUUCGACUUCGGGUAUGGAAUGGCGGGCUUUGGCUUGGUGAUGCUCCAAUUUGGCAUUCUGAACGGGCGACUGAUCGACUCGACGAACGCUGCACACUUAGCGAAAGCGCUAGCGUGCACCAGCUUUCUUGUCGCUAUCCUCAGCACCGUGGUUGGUGCCUAUCGCUUCUUUUGCCAGCAAGACGCACUCUUGCGAGGGCAGAUCUUUGUCGGGGGCUUUUCCAUGUUUCUUUCUAUACUUGUGUUCUUUGGAUAG